AAAACGAGAAAGUGAGAGCUAGAACUUCAUAAAUGAAGACUGAAAAAUCUGUCAUUAAGCUAUGAAACACUCGAUGAACAAAACAAAUCCAAAACCCUUGCUUUAGAUUUUAUCUUUUGUUAAUUCUUCAACUUUCCCAUGACAACACUUCUGCUGUUCUCCAUAAACCUCUCAACCUUUAACACUUCACAAUUGCAUAAUCAUUUCUGCAAGGAACCCACCAUUUCUUGUUGCUCUCUAUCAAGGCCAAAGUUUGGUUCUUUUCAUCAAAGCAACUACAAGUUGAGAGCUUUAGGGGAGGAGAGAUUUUGGUGUUACUUGGGAUUGGGAAGGGCCAAAGAUGGAACAUUGGUGAAAGAGGAGGGCUUGAAGAGGAAGAAAAGAGUGGUUCUGGUGAGGUUUAAUCAAGGUUUUGGGUUUAAUGGUGGUGGUGGUGGUGGGGGUGGGGGAGACAACAAUGCAAAUGCAAGGGUUUUGGGUAAUCUUGCUUUGGCUAUUUUGUUAACUUAUCUUUCGAUGACUGGACAACUUGGUUGGGUUGUGGAUGCUAUCGUCUCUAUUUGGCUAAUUGUUGUGCUUGUUCCUAUUGUGGGCUUGGGAGCUUUUCUUUGGUGGGCAGGUCGAGAUAUGGUGCAGGGCACUUGCCCAAACUGUGGAAAUGACUUUCAGAUAUUCAAAUCUGCUCUGAGCGAUGAAUUGCAGUUGUGCCCCUACUGCAGUCAACCCUUCUCAGUUGUGGAUGACAAGUUUGUUAAGGAAUCUGUGAGUUUCUCCAACGAAUCUACAACGUUCGGACAAGCAUUCAGUGAAUUCUUUCCUGGUUCUAACAAAGGAAAGGAGUCUUCGAAAGCCAUUGUUGAUGUUGAAGCAGAAAUCAAAGAUGCAGAAUAACGGCUGAUGUCUAUAGUCCUUUUGUAUUUUAUACUUUGUAAUGAUCUUUGAAUGAGAAACAUGAUCAUCUUCGUUUCUUAGCCAGUGGCAUUUUUCCGUCAUGGUAUAGAUGUAUCUGAUAAAGGCUUUAGUCUUGGGGGUUGAAGUGUCUUUAAGUGCUCAUACAUGGUUUGUUAUAGUGAACUGGAGAUGGUGAACAACUUUGCAAAGAUGAUGGGUGAGCGAAGUGACGCUGCAAAUGUAGUCUAAAAUUUUGACAGUUAGUUGUAUAUCAUGAGUUGAUAGCUUUCUUUUGUGUCUCGUUAAUCAUAAUUUUUCUGUAAUAAGGGCUUGAUAUACAAUUUGAAAUGUAAUAAGGGCUUGAUAUACAAUAAUAGAAUUCACUGGAAAAAGGCUGGUCAAAAGAGUUUUGGUUAAUCUGUUGGAUAAUUUGGUUCUUGUGUUCA